UAUGAGUUAUGAUGCGGGGCGGCGUAGCAGAGGUGUUAAAUGUUGUUAAGUUAUUAGGUUAAGGUAAGGAAUGAAAAAGCUCUGGGUUUUGGUGUGUUAGAAGAUCAAGAGAAAGGAGUGGGGGAAAGGGAUUGAUCGCAGUUGCAGGGAGAAGAGAAGAUAAGAGAAGCGAAAGCGCGAGAGAUGAGAGGAAGGAGCUAUAGUCCUUCGCCACCGCGUUACAGCAGAAGAGGCGGAGGGAGGAGUCCCAGCCCUAGAGGCCGCUACCCUACCCGCCCCCGACAACAAGAUCUCCCUACCAGCCUUCUUGUUCGUAACCUUCGCCACGACUGCAGGCCCGAGGAUCUUCGCAGACCAUUUGGUCAAUUUGGUCCUCUGAAGGACAUUUACCUGCCUAAGGAUUACUACUCUGGAGAACCUCGGGGGUUUGGUUUUGUCCAAUACGUCGAUCCUGCUGAUGCAGCCGAUGCUAAAUAUCAUAUGGAUGGCCAAAUUCUUCUUGGUCGGGAGCUCACUGUCGUCUUUGCCGAGGAGAAUAGAAAGAAGCCAACUGAGAUGAGGUCGAGAGAGAGAAGGGGUCGAUUUUAUGAUCGAAGGAGGUCUCCUCCUCGUUACUCUCGUUCACCCCGCUAUUCUCGAUCUCCACCACCACGCCAUAGAUCUCGUUCUCGGAGUCGUGACUAUUAUUCCCCUCCUAAACGAAGGGAUUAUUCGAGAUCUCUCUCCCCUGAGGACAGAAGGUACAGUCGAGAAAGAUCAUAUUCGCAGCAUAGUAGGGAGAAGUCAUACUCACGCUCUCCACCUUAUAAUGGGGGCUCGAGAAGUCGUAGUCACAGUCCUGCAAAGGGUCCAGGUCGAAGCAGAAGUCCAAGUCCGGACCGUGAUGUUAGGGAACCAGCCCGUGGUAGGUCCCCCAGUCAGUGAUAAGGGGGAAAAAUAGAUUUAGUUUGCAAUAUUAGAUGCUUGAUCUUGUCACAAUAUUGGGCUCAUUACUGCUUCUGUUGUCUGAAGUCUGAUAUAUUGGAGUUGGAUUUUGAUUUGUGGUUCUAUAGAACAGAGAUGUUUGUUGCUUGAGCUAAACAUCGUAGGGAAGUCUAGACCCUUUUUUAUUUUGAAUAUUAUUACUAUUUUCAUCUAGUUUUUAAUUGGAUGUUGAUAUAGUCAUUGGUAAUAUUUGAAAAUGUUUUUUUUA